AUGACAGAUGUGGCAACACGCCUUGCAAGACUUGAAAAGUCACUUGCUCAAGCACAACAGCAACAACCAACACCGGAAAUAACAGAACCAAAUCGAAAACCAUCACGAUCCAACUUCAAUGGUCGAUCAAGAGAAGACAUUCUUGUGCAAAAAGGCUCAUCAAGUCAAUACUUCAACGAAGUCUUCUUGUCACGCGUUAUCGAAGAGGAACACAAUGUCGAAUCAGCCUUGAUGACACCUCCUAUGGAAUCACCUCAUCCAGCCAGAUCUCUCUCAAUCAAUGCCCUGGGAAUCCUUUCAUCACCUUCACCAUCGGCACUACCAUCUCACUAUCAUCCACCCAAGCAGACGGCCGUGAAGCUGUGGACAAUAUACAUAAACAAUGUGGAGGGUUGCUCAGGCUUGAAGCUCCUCCACAUUCCAACCGACGAGAUCAAAAUGUAUUCAAUCGUCGAUGACCCGGCUACGGCAUCGCUAGAUGAUCUGGCAUUGAACUUUGCCAUCUACUUUGCGGCCAUAUCUACGCUUGACGAUGACGAAGCUCAAGUUACCCUGGGACAAGACAAACAAUCACUUCUACUUCGAUUCAAAAUUGGAGUAGAGCAAUCCUUCGCUCAUGGAGACUUUUUGAAUUCUCCAACCGUGACUGGACUUCAGGCUUUGGCAAUCUACCUGUCUGCCCUUCGAGUACACAAUUGUGGAAAAGGAAUAUGGAUCUUGGACGGCCUUGCAAUCCGGGUAGCACAUGCACUGGGAUUACACCGCGACGGUAAAGGAUUGGGUCUUUCACCAUUUCAAUCAGAAAUACGCCGACGACUUUGGUGGCACUUACUCAGUCGAGAUAUUCGAGCAGGAGAGGAUUAUGGUCUGGAAAACACGAGCAGCCUGUUACUGACGUCGGACGUCGGACUUCCCGCAAAUAUCGAUGACACAGACAUUUCUCCGGUUAUGCAACAACCUCCCGAACCCAAGGUGGGAUGGACGGCAAUGACCUUCUCAUUAAUCAACAUUGACCUUGCCAAGACCGUGCAGAAAUUAUCAACACUUGCAGCAUCAUCAUCACCAUCAUCACCUCCCCGUGAAGAGAUCAGGGCACAAAUCAUGAAGGAAUGCAAGAUACGCAUGGAGAAUUGGCUAUCGUACUGCAAUCUCGUCAUACCUCAACAUCGUUUGGCCCUGUUUUGUUCUCGGUUUGCGUUUCGGAAACUUGAUUUUACAACGAGGCUGCAGUGGGAUCUGCUGCGAAAUACUGAUCCUCGAGCCAACUUUGCGACGGAAGCAAACCUGGUAGAAGCACUGGAUCUCAUCUUUCCCAGGAUCAACGAUGACGAUCUGUUGAAGCAAUACGCAUGGGCCGGAAAGGUUUAUCCACAGUAUCAUGUCACGAUGUAUGUGCUGUGGCAUCUUUGUGUUCAACCCGAAGGCCCCAACGCGGACCGAGCAUGGCAGGCGAUAGAAAGAUCAUUCUCUGACGGCAUGAGGGACGACUCUGCAACCCGGCUUGGUUCGAAAUCAUCAGUGUUGGCGGCUCUCAGGGCAAAGGCCAUGCUAAUAAGGCAAAGGAUACGAGAACGUAAUGCAGGAGUGAGCACCGGAGAACAUCCAUCGGCGGUCGCCGAGGACCAAUUCCUGGAUGACGGCCGAUUUAGGGACGGCGGAUUCGACGGCGACGGGUUUCCUGCACAACUACUUGGAGAUGCCGGCGUUGAUGAGCUUGGAGUUGAUCGCAGCGAAGAUGGAUGGUUAAACUGGGGGGCACUGGUCCAGAGCUUUCAGCUGAACAGCCCAGAGACCUUCUAG